UAACACCACACUCGACAAGAGGCAGCAUCCUGUGCCAACAAUCAGAAGGGUCCAAAAUGGAGUAACGUUAACCCUGAAGACAGUGCAGUCGGAAUUACACUUAAUGUAAUUUCCCGUUCACACAGAAAUUUUUCCGUCGCAGGUGAAAACUAAUACUUCUAGAAAUCGCGUCGUUUUGCGCAGAAGAACAGUCAAGAAUGGAGCCAUCAGAGCAGUCAGGCCCAGACUCCGGCUCUCAGGAUGUCAACCCUGUUUUUCUGCAGCAGCUCAGAGAGCUGGACAUCCCAGAGGAGGCAGCCAAACAGGCACUUCUACACACUCGGAACGUGUCUGCAGAGGAGGCGGCAAUGUACUACUUCAACAAGCUGGAGAAUGAGGAGGAGGGAGACGAUGACCUCAUGUUCAAGAUGGUAUUUGUGGUGAACAUGGACCUUGCCAUGGGUGUCGGAAAGGUUGCAGCCCAAGUUGGUCAUGCUGCUGUGGGUUUAUACCAGGCUCUACAGGAAAAGAACAGCUGGAGGGAGAUGGCCUGGAAGUGGGACCACAGUGGAGCCAAGAAGGUGGUGGUCCAGGGCACAAAUGUGGCUCAUCUACUGGAACUGCAGGCCCUGGCCAUGAGCCUCAGCCUGCCCACUUACCUGGUCCAGGAUGUAGGGCUUACCCAGGUGGAGGCUGGGUCCCGCACUGUGCUAGCCAUCAUGGGGGAGGAAGAGAUGGUGAACAAUGUCACUGGGAGUCUGAAGCUGCUCUGAGGGGCUCAUUCUCACUGUGGGGGAGGCAUAGCUUUGCAGUGCCACAGUGCAUCCAGCAGAGGGCAGCAUUUCCCAGCGGCAGGGAGAGUCUUGGCAUGCAAGUGUGUAACAACCUUUAAAAAAAAAAAGGCUUAAAGAAUGAGGGAAAACAAGACAUGUCCCAACACAAGAAAACACCCUCAGCCAUUUAUUUCCCUUUCAUUCUUUGUCUGAGCCGCUUAAUCGGCUGUUAAGAGCAGGAGAGAAGAGCCGGUUGUUCACAGGGAAAUGAGGCGAAGGCAGUUGAAUUUUCUUUUUCUGGUGACCUUUCUCUUUUCCAAACAGGCUAUCUACUUAGAAGAUAGUCACAUUAGAAUCUUAAUACAUUUUCAAACACAUCUAGUCUGUUGUCCAGUGUCAGAUAUGGCAAAGUAAAAUCAAGCAUUUUUGGUCUUUGACCAAUAUUGUAAUUGUGCUUAUUCAAGGGGCAAUGUGUUGUGGACUAAUACAUAAUGUAAUUAUAAUUAUACCCAUACCAGAUGUAUGUCUGUGUUGGAUUCUCUACUCCUGAGUGUAGGGUAACUUAUUAACUGAGAAUAUAUGAACACUCAUUUUUGACGUUUAAAUAAUUUGUGUCUGUCUGCAACUAUUCUCCCAAAGAUCCCUAUCUUAUAGAACCAAUAAUAUUACUCAUUAUUAAUAAAUGGCUAUAUUUUGUAAAUGCCUGUUGGGGGCCAUAUACUGUAUAAUAUGUGGUGUGCCAUCCUAAACAGUAUGCACAGUUACUGAAAUGUGUUGUAUUGUUUUUUCUUUGUGCAAAAAUAAGAAAAUACUUAUUUACUAAUUUUUGGAUGUAUUGGUAGAAUUUGAUGGACGAGAGGUCCUGUGGAGCCAAAAUGUUAAAUAGUAAAGAUCUGUGCUGGGCCUAACUUUAUGCACUCUGACUUCCUAUGGUGGAUAGUUUACACUAAUGAAGUUCAAUUUACAGCUUGACAGAACACAGAUAAUUGUGCUUAUAUGACGAUUAUUGUGGACUUGGGGACUAAUAGUCUUACACAAAGAAUGAUGUGUAUGUUCUCGGUAACAUUUGUGGGCAUGAGAGGACACAAAAUUCUUAGGUUAAUGUCAAAGAUUUUAUUUGUAACAGAAAACUUAAAAAAAAAAAAAAAUUGCAGUGGCAUGCAUGCAAUAUGAAAUGUACAUUUUAACAGUCAGUUGGAAUCCCACAGUUAUGUCAACUUUAGUAACAUGUCCACACUUUGAUACCUCCUAUGUUAUACAGUCAUUUGUGUGAAUGCUCCAGACUAUGGAGACCAUUAAAAUGUCUCCAGAUUAAGUAACAA